UCUCCUUCUCCUUCUUCGAUUUGUUCACAGAGAGAGAGAGAGAGAGAGAGAGAUUUCAGAUUCCAUUGCCGGAAAAAAUGGCCGUUAAUGCCUCAUUAGCCGCGGCAUUGAUAGCCGGAAUCUCGCUCGUCUUCGCCGUCACGGCGGAGGAUCCGUACAGAUUCUUCACUUGGAACGUCACUUACGGCGAUAUUUAUCCCCUCGGCGUCCGUCAACAGGGUAUAUUGAUAAACGGGCAGUUUCCGGGGCCGGACGUUCGCUCGGUUACGAAUGACAAUCUCAUCAUUAACGUUUUCAAUAGCCUCGACGAGCCUUUCCUUAUUUCAUGGAGCGGUAUACAACAGAGGAGGAACUCGUUCGUGGACGGAGUGUACGGAACAACAUGCCCGAUUCCUCCGGGGAAGAACUACACGUACGCUCUGCAGGUGAAGGAUCAGAUCGGAAGCUUCUACUACUUCCCCUCUCUCGGAUUCCACAAAGCCGCCGGCGGAUUCGGUGGCAUCCGAAUCCUCAGCCGCCCCAAGAUCCCCGUCCCUUUCCCUGAUCCCGCCGGCGAUUACACCGUCCUCAUCGGCGACUGGUAUAAAUCCAACCACACGGACUUGAAGGCACAACUUGAUAAUGGCAAGAAGCUUCCUUUGCCCGAUGGAAUUCUCAUCAAUGGCCGUGGAAGCGGUGCCACCAUCAAUGUUGAACAAGGGAAGACAUUCAGGCUGAGAAUAUCCAAUGUGGGAUUACAGACUUCCCUCAACUUCCAAAUCCAAGGCCACACGAUGAAGGUUGUCGAGGUAGAAGGGACACAUACCCUCCAGACGACAUUCUCGUCGCUUGAUGUUCAUGUUGGUCAAUCUUACUCGGUCCUCAUAACAGCAGAUCAGCCUGCUCGGGAUUAUUACAUCGUGGUCUCUUCUCAGUUUACCUCUGAAAAUCUCACCACCACCGGAGUUCUCCGUUACAAUAAUUCCGCCGGACCUGUCUCUGGACCUAUUCCCGGUGGUCCAACUGACCAAAUCAACUGGUCCUUGAACCAGGCUCGAGCAAUUAGGACUAAUCUUACGGCCAGCGGACCAAGGCCAAAUCCGCAGGGAACGUACCACUACGGAAAGAUAAACACGACUAGAACGAUCAGACUUGCUAGCUCAGCUGGACAGGUCAAUGGCAAGCUAAGAUACGCUGUGAAUAGCAUAUCAUUUAUCCCCGCCGAUACCCCGUUGAAACUCGCAGACUACUACAAGAUCGACGGCGUUUUUCGGGUUGGAAGCAUAUCUGACCAUCCCACGGGCGGAGAAAUCUACCAGGAUGCAUCUGUCAUGCAGGCUGAUUACAGAGCCUUUGUGGAAAUCGUGUUCGAGAACCCCGAAGAUAUCGUCCAAAGCUGGCACCUCAACGGUUACUCUUUCUUCGUCGUUGGUAUGGACGGUGGAGAGUGGACACCCGAAAGUAGAAACGAGUACAACCUCCACGACGCAGUUUCACGCUGCACUGUUCAGGUGUAUCGGAAGUCGUGGACGGCGAUCUACGUAGCUUUGGAUAACGUAGGGAUGUGGAACGUGAGAUCGGAGGACUGGGAAAGGCAAUACUUGGGACAGCAGUUUUACUUGCGCGUCCACACAAACUCGACUUCGCCAAGAGACGAAUAUCCGAUCCCGAAAAACUCUCUUCUUUGCGGGCGGGCGAGCGGACGACACACCAGACCGCUGCCCUGAGAGAGCUGGUUCAUAUGAAUGAUAGCAGAAUAAUUUGUCCUUUAAGAAGUACGAUACAUAACGUUUGGGUCGUUUGAUCUAAUACACUGUUAGCAAUCAAAGUUCAAAAAAAAAUUUCUAA